CCAUCGCUAUUUGAGGCUUUAACGUAAAUUGAAAACCCUCCAACACAUACCCCACUUCGAUUUCUACGAUCAUGGCCGCCCAACCCAAGCGAAACAGCGAGAGGCAAUCCGACUCCGGCAUCCUCGCCAAGUUCACUUCCUCCGCCAUCGUUUCCCUAGGUAAGCAGGCUGCGAACGACGCUGCUUUCGUCUCCAAGAAACUCCUUUGCAGCACCGGCAAAGCUGCCUGGAUCGCAGGGACAACCUUCUUGAUCUUAUUUGUCCCUUUGAUCAUUGAAAUGGACCGCGAGCAGCAGUUCAAUGAGCUCGAGCUUCAGCAAGCUACUCUCCUCGGUGCCCCGCCCACUGGACCCUCCCAUAAGUAAUCGUAUCGAGUCGUAUCAGGUCAGAGCAUUGGCGUUUAUCAAUUUUGCUCCCGUUUCAGGUCAUUAUUCCGGUGAUUAUUCUAUUAAUACCCUUCUGAUUUAGUUUUAGUUUUUUGUUUUUUAUUUUAAAUAAGAUUAUACUUUUUCGGUGUUUUAAAUUUUAAUUGCUUGUGAAAAUGUUGAUAUUGGGCUAGUUUAUCAAGUUUAUCCCUAUAAAUUUUAAGUGAAAAUUGAUUGUGUUUGGUUUUGA